CUUGCUUUCCAACUUCUCCAGCACUGUAGUGGCUGACCGCGUCGAACAAGGAUACGUAGUGGCCUUCCCAUGGGCUCCAGCUUAUCCAGACGUGUUCUCCAGACACCAACGUCCAACGAAUCCGAGUCGGUGUUAAACAAGAAAUGGAAGAGUCCAUCUGCAUACGCAGAGAUGCUGAAACCUGUUAAUAUCAGGCACUUCUACAAAUGUAUGGACCAAGAUUGUGUCUUUACGCAUGAUGAUAAACAUAAAUUUAUGAAACAUCUCAAGAAUCACAAUAAACUGGAUGAAUUUAGAAAAGGUGAGAAAACGUGGAACCUGUGUCCGUAUUGUCCAAGGGUAAUACCAGAUAUACAAGGAUAUGUAUCUCACCUCCUGAAAGAUCACAGCAAUUGCAAGAUCCAAUGUCAACACUGCUUCCAUCGUUCUGCAACUCACCACGAUGCUCUUGCCCAUCUGCAAGAAGAGCACAAAAAGAUAAAACCAAAACAUUCACAAAGCCUGACUUGUUUGGGAAGACCAAAACCUAAGGUUACGACGCCACAGAGAAGUUUAAAAUAGUUACUGAACAAUACUUAAAAACUAAAAUAAAAUUUUAAGAUGAUACGAGGAACAUUUUUAAAGUAAGGGCUGUUUUAAUACACAAUAAAACCAAUAUAGAAAAGUGUAUUUUCAGUUUUUACGUAGUAUAUAUAUAUAUUUUUUUUUAUACAUAAUCACCUUGUUUAUUCAAGCAUUUCACAGCAUGUAUUCACUCAAAUUACAUGAUUACAGAGAGAAACAGUCCUUACUUUAAAAACGUCCCUCGUAUUAUUAUUGUUAAAUAGUGUAUUAUUUUAGUCAUUAGACUUAUGUGGUCAGUGUCAUAAUUAACGUGAAGUUCCAGUUCACACUGUGUUGAAACAUUUCAUAUACAAUUAAAUAUUGAAAUAUUUCAACCUUGCUGUGGAGAACCCUUUUCAGUCCACCAAUGCUAACCUAAAACUUUAAGUUUCGCUUUAUCUUACAUUGACUGAAACUGAGGUUCAUAGAGAGGACAAAAUAUUUCAAGAAUUUAAUUUUGUAAGCAAUGUUCUGAUGCAGUCUGAACUGGAAAACUUAGAUCUGUUGUGUUAUUGCUAUUUCCAUUGGGAUUAUUGUUUUACACAUUUAAUUAUGUGAAAUAAAUAAAACCAUAACAGA